AAGCCAACAACAUCAUCAUCUACAUCUGCUGUGCUUCACUUUAUUAUUAAAAUUAAACUAACUAUUUUACAUGAAUUAGCUGCAGCUGCUGGGAAGGAAGGAAUUAAUGGGGAUUAUAGAAAUAGGGUUGUUUCUGAUGAUCUUUUCCCACCAUUACCUUGUGGCGCCUGCAUCUCCUCUUCGCAAGGCCUCGCCUUCAGAAUUUAUGCAGGAAACCACCACAGAAGAUGAAGGUGCAAAUGGACAUGGAAGCAAUGGUAGUGAUGAUGAUAGAAUAGCACAUAGCGGCAAACUUGAACAUGGAUACAGUCAUGGAAGUGCAAACGGCAGAUCAACUAGUAUUGGUGAGAAUGGAAAUAACGGCGGGACCAGAUCUCCAAAUACACAAGGUUCAACUUUCGUACCUGUAUACACAGCAGGUUCAGUUAACAAUCGCUACCAUAACAAUCACCAUGGUGCUGCCAACAGCAUCAAGAAAUGCAUUGGACUGCCCACCUUGUUCGCAUCCAGCUGGGCGUCUCUUGUACAUCUGUAUAUGAUAUUCUGAUACUAGACAAAGCCGAAGCAUGAAAAGACUGGUUGCUUGCUAUCAUUGUACAUAAACUGUAAGUUUGAGUGUGUCGGUUUUGCAGUUGGCUCCUUGUGAGACUAACAUUUUCCAACAAAUGUUAGGAAACCAUGUAUUAUGAAUUAUUGCCUAAACAAAUUUGGGUUUGUGCAUCUUGUGCAUCAAUGAUAUCUAAAGCACACAAGAAGAUUUGCAGUAUUA